UGUUCCUCACCAUCUUUCCUAUUCAUGCUCUUUCUUCUUUUCUCCCAACCUCAACUUAUUCUCAACUUUGAUUACUUUUCAUUUCAAAUUUUUACUAUUUUUGGGUUGAUGUAGAAAUUUGAGUUUGUUCAUAAAUAUUCAUUUUUUUGUUUUCGUUUGUAAAAGAUUUUCUAUGUUUUACAAUUUUUUAUUAUUAUUAUAGAUGUUACCUGCAUAAACCCAACCGCUUGAACCGAAACCCGCUUGAACCGAAGAAGAAAAUGGGUGAAAAUGGAUAUGUAUAUUUGAACCGCGGUUUUGAACGGAUUGAAGUUUUCGGUCCGAAACCCCGAACCCACCUGUUGUCCACCCUGUCUGAUAUCUAUCAAAUGCAAUAUAUAUUUCCUUCCAAAAAUGAAACCAACAUAUUUUAUUAAUUCUUUUGUUUCUUCUUAGUUAAUUUUAAUUUUAAGACUGAUGUUGUGAAUUGAGAUUGAAUAUUAUGAAUUUUAUAUUUACAGUUGCGCGCGCUACACAAAAAUGAGGCAACUUCGUCAGUCAUCACCACCCCAAGGCGCAAUUGCUCCAUUUGCUGCUGCUCUUCCACCAGAUAACAUCUUCCCUUCAAUCUACUUUGGAGAUGGAAGUAUCGUUAGAUCAAAUCCAUUGCCCAUCAUUUUAGGUGCAUUAGCGGGAGGGUUAGUUAUUCUAAUAGUACUGGUAAUAAUUCUUUGGAAGUAUUUUAGUGCAGCACCACCACCAGCCACCGUUAAUCAGACCGCACUAGGAGUGCCGGUUCCCGCGCCCAUGGAAACAUGGGUAUCAUACCGAUUUCAGCGAAACAACGAAACCGGCCAGAUCUAAUUCUUUGUUAAAUAUUGUAUUUCUUAUCAAUCUUGUACUUCUUAUGGAUGAAUUUGCUAAUAAAGAUAAAAACAUAGCUUAUGUGUUUA